UAAACACGUUUUUCACGUUACUUUCGUGCUCAGACGCUGCUGACAGUUGAAUAUUGGGUCAUUCGUUUAUUUAAAAAAAUAUAUCAGUUGUAAUGUCUUAAGAAAUCUACGUCGUUAUAAUAUUCAAAUAGAUCUAGAUCUAGAAUCGUGACUCGCUCGUGAGUCGUUUCAUUUUGGCUACGCACGGCUUUCACUUCGCUUUCUAACAACACUGAACUGAAGUUUCUCGUCCCGUGGCAGACGUGGUGGUGUCUGAGGAAAAAAGUUGACUGAAAACAAAAAGCUGUGUGAAGUAUUUCAUGCCGUUCACCCAGACCCAACAAGGUCUAAUCUAGAUUUGUAGGUCUAGAAAUCUAGAUAUCUAGAUCUAGUAUUCUGAGACCGACGCAUCAACCGAUAGAGGGGAAGGCAAUCCCUUGUCUUGUAGGCCUUGUUUCCAGAUUCCAGGUGCUCCUUCAAACUCCCUGCUUUUUUAUUGGCAGUCUCACUCAUCACUCAGAUCCAGUCAUGACAAGCUUCCAAAAGAAAGCCAGAAUCAAAGUUGGUCAGAUUGCUGGGACUCGACCAUCUUUGUACAGCAACCAGUUGCUUGUGUCGACAGGCAUUCCUUCUCUGGACAAUGUCAUAGGUGGAGGACUGGCUGUUGGCACAGUCAUGCUAGUGGAGGAAGACAUAUUUGGGAGCUAUGCCAGGUUGAUGUUGAAAUACUUCACGGCCGAGGCUAUUGUCUCUGAUCAGACGGUCCUCCUGGCCAGCAGGCAGGAGUCUCCGGAGCAACUAGUUCAAGAAUUGCCAGCCCCAAUUGAAAUGGGUUUGAGGUCAGGGCCAGCAGGUGCUUCUGCGAUCUCCCCAUCCCCAAAGGCAAUAGCAAGCGGUGCAAAGAAAAAGCCGGAUGGACCUGAUGAGGAAAAAAUGAAGAUAGCUUGGAGGUAUCAAAGCCAACCCAAAGUGCAGAGCACACCAACAUCAGGCGUACAGUUUGGUCACUAUUAUGAUCUCACAAAAGUCAUGGAUCAGAACACUGUGGAAGCAGCUCAACUUUUCUAUGCGUCUAGUCAGGACAUACCAUUGGAGAGCUCAUCAGGAGCCUUGAGGAACAAGAGCUAUUGUAGGCUGCUGCAGGAUGUCCAUCAAAGAAUACAAGAGGGCUGCUUUGGAACGGGGCAGAAAACGGCAAAAAGAAGUAUACUUCGUCUGGGUAUUCAUAAUUUGGGAUCGCCGUUAUGGGGAGAGAAUGGGGGUUUGAAUCCAUCCGGUGAUGGUCACGACCCGUCAUUAACACAGUUUUUCCUGGCUCUUCGAGCGAUGCUUAGAUCUGCUCUUGCUGUUGCAAUGGUUACUGUGCCAACACAUCUAUUCCAUGACAAAGGCUACAAACGUCGGCUAGAGAGAAUGGCAGAUACUGUGAUACGCCUGGAGAGCUUCGCGGGUUCUCCGAAAGAGAAGAAUCCAGCGUUUAAGGAGUACCAUGGUCUUCUCCACCUGGUGCAACUGCCCCGGCUCAAUUCUCUGAUCCCUGCCCAGCCGGAGACUACCGAUCUUGCUUUCAAGCUCAGGAGGAAAAAAUUCACCAUAGAAAAACUACACCUCCCACCAGAGCUGGCAGACACAACUGGUAGAUCGCAAGACGACGACAACCCGCUGACAUCAAAAGUUAUGAUUGGGUGCAGCUCAUCGGAAUCCUCAAAGUUGUCUUUCUGAUGGAUGGAGAUUGUUCUGUGGUGUCAGUGUCUUUUAGUUUUAGUAGAGGCUUUACAGCGCUCGCAACUGCAUAAGGUCAUAUGAGUGCCAGAAGAUUAGAGGUGUUACAAGAAAGUAACAAACAUAAAAAAGAA